CGGCUACCGCCCACUUUUCCUCACAAUUAGUGGAUCUAGAAUACAGAUUUAUUAUAGAUCAUAAUACUAGAUCUACUUUAUAUAGAAAAAAAUGUUUUGAAAUUCUAGAUAAAAUUGAUAAAUUAGUAUUAUUCUGCAAAGAUCUACAAGUAUAACCAAGGCUCAAAAAAGGAAAAUCCAGAAUAACUUUUGGCUUGAUGUAUUCAUAACUGAACUCGAACUUAAAUCUUAAACACUAACCUACAAUGUGAUUAUAUAGCAAAACAAUCUCUGCAAGGAAGUUCAACUAUCACAUGAUGAAUAUAGGACAUAAGUCAAGUGGUUCUCAAGAUGGCGUCUACCAACAAAGAAAUAAACAAAAACCUGUCAUGCCUGAGGGUAAGAGAUAUCGAGGCCAUUGAUUACCCGCACCAGCUGGAGGAUGCCAUCAGAAACAACCAAGCCAGCGCGCUGUCAGAAAUUCUGCUAAAGGUAGAUGUCAACAUUAGUCUGAAUGUGAAACAUGACUCGGCUCUAAUCCUGGCAGUGCGGGCCAGCAAUGAGUCUAUGGUGAAAACUCUGCUGGCAUCUCCUGGCUGUAACCUGGCCUAUCAGAACAUCAACCUUUACUCACCUCUAGACAUAGCUCUGGUUUUGGUUCACCACAGCCAAUGUGAAUCAAACUGGAACAUUCUACAUCUUCUCCUAGAGGCUGGUGCCGAGCCAUCCUGUCCCUACGCCAUUCUGUCUGUUAUUCUAACCGCCCUGGAGAAGGAUCAAACAGAAUUUCUUGUGCGUCUGAUCAGGACAUUUGUAGAUUUCUCAAGUUCUAUUCAGCUGCAUGGUGUGCUUAUGGCCAAACUCCAACGCCAUCAGCCCUACUAUACAGGGAAUAUGUUUGAUCCGCUGCUUGAAUGUGCCUCAGACUUUACCAUCAAAUUAAUCAAAAGCAAAUGUGACAAUGAAAGCCUAAAACUUAUUGUUUCCACUUUGCCUGUUUACUUAGAUUUUUAUCUUGUCACAUGUCAGUUUAAGCGCAACUUACUUAUUAAAUUUAUUGUUUAUCUUAGUGUUGUUGGUUGGCGCUGGACUGACCGGUUCCACUUGAAUUUGAUCACCAACUUAAGCUCUGGUUUAGCUCAGUGGUGUCAGAGCUUAAGACACACCCCCCACUCCUUGAAGCACAUGUGUAGAGUAGCACUUUUGUCUUCCCCUACAGGUAGGCAAUACAUGGCUGUCUCGCACGUGCCUAGUUUAAUCUGCAGGUACUUAAAAUAUGCAGAUAUUGAUUCACUGGCUCCAUUUAGUCCAAAUUACAAUUUUAACUCAAUAUUGUUGUAACAUCUGAGCAAAGGAAGCUUGGACCCCAUGUUAGUAUGUUACAUCUGGAACAUGUAUGAGAACAAAUCCUGGAACAAGUUGUUUUAUCUGGAGCUGUUUGUAAAACAUUUAUGUUCAUACCCUGAGCAGUUUAGGAAGACUAGUACUGUGUAGUAUACCAUAUGCACAUUGUGCUUACAGUAAUGUUUUCUGUGCAGCUGAUGAUUCGUACUUUGUUUCUCUUUACGGACAUCACUGUCUCAUGAGUUGUCUCCCAUUAGCCAGGCAGGUCUCAACACGGCAGACUUUGAGUAUCUGGCUUAUGUCCGUUGUGAUGAUUUGUACUAAAAGGUAGAAAAAGUAUGAUGUGUUGAGUUCAGUAAAUAGAGAGAUAAUGCAGUCAGCAUUUUACCAUUACAUUUCAAAAAGGAAAUACAAAAAUAAUAAUAAUAACAAUAAAUUUAUCCACAAUUUUACCUAUAAUGCAUUUCCAUUCUGAAAGUAAAAAUGAUAUUUCAUAAGAUAUUUUAUCUUAUGGAUUCUAGUUUUCAUGUGUUCAUAUGUGUUUUUAAACACAAUAGCCAUUUUGAUACAGUAGACUUUUUCACCCAAAAAAUGACACAUCUAUUUAUGCCCAGACUAUGAAAAUGUUCCAUAUACCUGCAACUUGUGUAGUGUACAUGUUCAAGCUUUUCAUACUUGUUCUGUAUGUGAGCCAUCCUAGCAUUGGGAGAGGUUGUAUGUGUUAAACCCACUGCUUGAAGUUUUAAGCAUUACUUAACCUGAAAACAUGCUAUUUCUGAAUUGUGUAGUGUUUUUAUAAUACUAGUUUUACACAAGACUAACACAACCACAGCAAGUUUUUUUUAUUUUAAAAAACCCGAAAAAUGUAAACAUUUUGACUUUAUUUAGGCUGUAGUGUGAUAUUUAAUUUGAAUUUUGCUAUUUCUUCCUUAUUUUAUAUUUGAAAUGGCAAUUUGUGUUGUGAAUAACUAAUCUUGUUCAAGUUAUUACUUUGUAUUUUUAUAUUAAAAAUGGCAAGUCUUGUGUGAUGUAGUAUAGUAAUCAUAUCCUUGUGUAAGUAGUUUGGUUUUAUUGUUUACAUUUCAAAUGGCAAUUCUUGUGUCUUGUAGCAAUAUCCUUGCAUGAGUGCUCUUUUACUGACAUAGACCUUUGCUUAAGGUUGUCACUCACUGACAUAGACCUUUGCUUAGGGUUGUCACUUACUGACAUAGACCUUUGCUUAGGGUUGUCACUUACUGACAUAGACCUUUGCUUAGGGUUGUCACUCACUGACAUAGACCUUUGCUUAAGGUUGUCACUCAUUGACAUAGACCUUUGCUUAAGGUUGUCACUCACUGACAUAGACCUUUGCUUAGGGUUGUCACUUACUGACAUAGACCUUUGCUUAGGGUUGUCACUCACUGACAUAGACCUUUGCUUAGGGUUGUCACUUACUGACAUAGACCUUUGCUUAGGGUUGUCACUCACUGACAUAGACCUUUGCUUAAGGUUGUCACUCAUUGACAUAGACCUUUGCUUAAGGUUGUCACUUACUGACAUAGACCUUUGCUUAAGGUUGUCACUUACUGACAUAGACCUUUGCUUAAGGUUGUCACUUACUGACAUAGACCUUUGCUUAAGGUUGUCACUUACUGACAUAGACCUUUGCUUAAGGUUGUCACUUACUGACAUAGACCUUUGCUUAAGGUUGUCACUCACUGACAUAGACCUUUGCUUAAGGUUGUCACUCACUGACAUAGACCUUUGCUUAAGGUUGUCACUUACUGACAUAGACCUUUGCUUAAGGUUGUCACUUACUGACAUAGACCUUUGCUUAAGGUUGUCACUCACUGACUUUGACCUUUUCCUAGUGUGAAAUGUAAACCAUUCCUUAAUUCUCUCACAAGCAAAUUGCAACAAGUCCCCAGCAAAGGUCUAUGUUAACACUGUUUCUAGUCACUCAUUUGUACUAUAGAAAAUAUUUUUUUACUGUUGUCUGUUCAAAAGUGCAAUUAAAAUUAAAAUAGCCUGCAAUAUUUUUCAAAGAAGUAACCAUUCUUCAACAUUAUAAUGUUAAGUAAAAUAAAUCAAAUAUUGCGUACAAAAUUUAGAUGUAAAAAUUUGAGAUUUGUUCCAAUGUUGUCCACCAAGCAUUAAAGUUUGAUUCUACACUGUGAGUGAGGGUGAUACAAACAUGUGCCUUCAUGGGAACAGUGAAAAGCAACUAUUGAAUUUCUCAUAUUUUAAGCUCACCAUGUGCUCCGCAGCUGUUCCACACGUUUGUGUUUGAUCAGUUGGUGGAUCAAUAAAAGUAGGUCUGUAUUAUUCACAGAUUGGUAUCAGCUUAAAAUUAUGGCCACAAGUUAGAUGCAUUAACUGGGGCUGGGGGGUAUCACUAGGUUCUAGACUCACUGAUAAAUAACUUUUUGUAUUAAAUAUUCAAAUGAUUUCACUCUGCUGAGUAAUAGCUUACUACCUGUUUGGUAAAAUAAAUAAAUAGUUUGUAUGAACAUUAUUUUCACCUGUACUAGUAAAUUAUCCAGAUUUUUAUACCUAGAAUAAUUGAAAUGUAAUUUUUUUUAUAUAACAAAAUCAACUCAGCUGUAUUAAAUGAUCAAUUCUCUCACCGAACAAGUUCACUAACUCCGUGUGAAAAUAUAUUUUUUGUACUUCCAUUUUGAAGAAUCCUUCACCUCACGGACCAGCAAUACUUUUUUUUAUUGAAAUUCAACUGCUCACUUGUACAUGAUCUUUACUUGAUGCUGCUUCACGUUUUACUGCAGACAUUUAUACUCCACAUUUCCUGUUGUCUGUGUCCACACUGCUUCAGCUACUGCACAAACUUUUGGUGUCUAAUACAGACUGGGUGGCAGGAACCUAUUUCACAUUGGCGCUGAGUCUAAUCAGUAGAAGUUGUAACUAUUUCACAUUGCUGUAUUUUUUAACUGAUUGUUAAAAUAUAUUGCUGUUUCCUGGUCAAAAGUUAUGUUAGGUAUCACUGUGAUACUUACUGGUCAAAAGUUAGGUUAGGUAUCACUGUGAUACCUACUGGUCAAAAGUUAGGUUGGGUAUCACUGUGAUACUUACUGGUCAAAAGUUAGGUUAGGGCAUCACCUACUGGUCAAGAGCUUUAUUGGUGCUCCACCAAAACACAUUUUUCUAUUUACUUUAUGAUAUACUCCCUCAUGGCGCAUUUCUGUUCAAAUGUUUUUUUUUAACUUUUUAAAAUUACUUUAAGCUCAUUUUUUUCUGAUUAUUAACUUGAAUACUCUUUUAAGUCUCAUGUACUUAAAUUCAGCAAUUUUUAUAUAUGUAUUACCUUAAUUACCUUAAUUAAUCAUUUUAAUAAUUUUCUUGCUUUUAAAAUACAUUUAACCUACAUAAUAAGCAUAAUUUUCUCUUUUUCAUUCUGCAAUACUCAUUAUAUAAUUUUUAUUUAAUAAUCCUCUGUACUUGCCUGUUAUACAUGUAAUACAAGAUUAUGUAUCAAUAUCUACUGUCUGUAUGUGUAGUUUGUUGUUAUGUGCUGUAAUUGACCAUUGUAUGUGAAACAAGUUUUCUGUUUGACAUACUGUGCAGUGUGUGUAAAACUCAGUCUAGCCUGUCAAAGAUUGAAUCUUAUUUGACCUGAAAUUAUUUUGGGCAGUGAGUUUAGACUAGGAAAUAAGGUUUUCAGUCAUUGUAUGUGUUUGUAACAUUAUAAAGUAUACAGUUCCUAAUCUCAGCUUUCAUUGGUUGCUAUGAUAACAAAUUAACUGGGGAUAUUUUUUUAACUGUCCCCCCAUUACGCCUGUUUUAAAAGUUUUUACUUUAUUUUAUGAUAAUGCUACACUAACAGCGAGCAGAAGAAAUUUUUUUGUAAUCAGUUCGGCUAAAAAACUUAUUGUCUCAGUUGUUUUUUAUACGUGAGUUGAACUAACAUUUUUCUGUAAUCAGUUCGGCUAAAAAACUUACUGUCUCAGUUGUUUUUAUACAUGAAUUGAACUAUCACUUGAUUUCAGCGUAUUUUUGUUGAUGUUUUUUUGUUUUUUUAAAAGGUGUCAGAUGUAAAUUUUGUUUUUGAUAAUUUUUCUGCCCCUGCCAAAGUCUUACCAUUUCUAGUUUGAUCAAGGUAUUUGUUGCCUGAUGAACUGGCUCUUGAACUCUUUUUUUGGGGCAAUCUGGUGUUUUUUGCCACAUUGCUGCUUUCUUAUUAAUCAUUUGACGCCAAUUAUUUGCUGUAAA